CAGGUGGGGGAUAUUGUGUCUGUUAUAGACAUGCCGCCCAAAGAACUGACCACGUGGUGGAGAGGAAAGCACGGCUACCAGGUCGGCUUUUUUCCCAGCGAAUGUGUGGAAUUGAUUAAUGAUAAAGUUCCCCAGUCAAUGACCAACUCGGUUCCCAAACCAGUCUCCCCUGCGCAUGGAAUGAGGCCGGCAUCCUGGAGCUACUUCCCCCCCUAUUUGGAGAUGGAUAGUGUAAGGACAGGGCCGCCGUGCCUUUCUGAGGUACCGAGUCCCUACAAGCUCAGUUCAGUAUCCCGGAAACACGGCAAGCUGAUCACAUUUCUGAGGACCUUCAUGAAGUCCAGACCCAGCAAGCAGAAGCUGAAGCAGCGCGGAAUCCUGCGGGAACGGGUGUUUGGCUGCGACCUCGGGGAGCAUCUUCUCAACUCUGCCCAAGAUGUCCCUCAGGUCCUCCGAAGCUGCACAGAGUUCAUAGAGAAACAUGGCAUUGUGGACGGGAUUUACCGACUGUCUGGGAUCGCCUCCAAUAUACAGAAACUACGACACGAGUUUGACUCGGAGCAGAUCCCAGACCUGACUAAAGAUGUGUACAUCCAGGAUAUCCACUGUGUUGGCUCUCUGUGCAAACUCUACUUCCGAGAGCUUCCCAAUCCACUGCUGACCUACCAACUCUAUGAGAAAUUUUCUGACGCUGUGUCGGCUGCAACAGAUGAAGAGAGACUGGUGAAGAUCCAUGAUGUCAUCCAGCAGCUGCCUCCUCCACAUUACCGGACGCUGGAGUUUCUUAUGCGCCACUUAUCUUGCCUUGCAACCUACUGCUCCAUCACCAACAUGCACACCAAGAACCUGGCUAUCGUGUGGGCCCCCAACCUUCUCCGAUCCAAGCAGAUUGAGUCGGCGUGUUUCAGUGGGACGGCGGCGUUCAUGGAGGUGCGCAUCCAGUCGGUGGUGGUGGAAUUCAUCCUGAACCAUGUGGAGGUUCUCUUCAGUCCUAAACUCAGCUCUGUCAUACGUGAGGGUGCAGGUCACACGUCCCUGUCUCGGCCCAAGUCUCUUCUGGUUUCUUCACCAUCCACAAAGCUCCUCAGCCUGGAAGAGGCUCAAGCACGGACACAGGCACAGAUCAAUUCCCCCGUUGUGGGUGACAGCAAAUACAUCGAGGUGGGAGAAGGACCGGCCGCAUUGCAGGGCAAGUUCCACACAGUCAUCGCCUUCCCAUCUGAGAGGAAAAGGCCUCCUCCUAAGAUGAAGAAGUCUCCGGUGGGCAGCUGGCGCUCCUUCUUCAACCUGGGAAAGUCCUCAUCAUCCUCGUCAAUGUCCAAGAGGAAGCUGAUUCGUAAUCCAAGUGAACCUACCGAGAUGAAGGCCAUGGCCAUGGCAGGAGGAAGAGGUGACACAGGAACCAUGCGUUCAGCUAAGAGUGAAGAGUCGCUAAGUUCUCUGCAUGCCACUGACAUGGAAUCAAAGCUUUUCCGGCCGAGGCGCCCGCGCUCCAGCAGCGAUGCUCUGUCUGCUUCCUAUAAUGGAGACCUGCGAGAGGGAUGUAACCGCUGCAACUCCUAUGACAAUCUGCCCCACGAUCAGGACAGCGAUGGCGACGAGGGACUUAUUCACAUACCUGCCAUGUUAAGUUCUCGCACUCAUGAUGACGAGGAUCUGAGUCCGCCAGACAUUGGUGUGGCCAGUUUAGACUUUGACCCAAUGUCCUUCCAGUGCAGCCCGCCCAAGCUGGACAACGAGGGGCUGGAUAGCAACCACCUCUUCCACAUUGACACCACUCCGGGCAGCGGCAGAGAGCGCUUUCAUAUCGGAGCCCAGACCCCUGCCAGCGGCAAUAGCUCUGAGCCCAUGUCCCCUUUCCAGGAGAGGCUGUUCAGUCCGUUCCUAACCCCUGACCGCAGCCCCAGUGCAGAGAGGAUUCCCAAAGCUCCAUCUUUUGCUGAGAAGGUCGUCCAAGCUCUGUCCCCAAAGGUGGGUCGCAAAGCAAUCCGAUCUCCUCCCCUCACCAUUUCGGAUCCCGUCGCAGUGACGCUGCCCAGCCGGGUGUCGGAGAUGAUGGGCGGCAUGCAUUAUGCUGGGGGAGCUUCUCAGUGUCCGAUGUGGUACAAAGAAAGUAUAAUGAGAGAACUGGGGAGCCUGCAAAAUGCUGCAUACAAAUCGGACCUCGGGCUUGGCCAGCUCUCUUUAUCAGCAGCACCAGAAUCUCCAGGAACUAUGGACUGUACGGUCCUCUCUCAGUGGAACGUCGGUGGAGUUGAGAGAGAAGAUACAGCAGGGAACAUCACGCCAGACACAUCUCACGUUCUAUGUAACACGGAGCUUGUAUACACAGACGGCAACAACCAGGAAUUCAACAGCAGUAACCAAGCCGGAUCAUCUCUGAGGGAGGAGCCGGAGAUGUUAGAGCCGAGCAAGUCCGUCCCCGCUGUGCCUACGCCUCCAGGAUCAUGUGUCAUGGAGUCUCCCAUGGAUCAAGUCCCUGUCCCCACCGUUUCCUUCAUUCCUCCCCCGCCACCCCCGAAAAAUGCUGCCCGGAUGCUGGCGUUGGCACUGGCUGAGUCAGCCCAACAGGUUUCUUCUCAGAAGAGACCACCCUACCUCCAAUUCAUGGAUUUACCACUGCCCCCGCCACCAGAGGAAGAGCCACCGCCAGAGCUGCCGCCACAAAACCUGUCUCCACCACCGGCGGACGCCACUGAGAUGAAUCCCGACAUCACCCCAGAGCCCACCACCAGCACCAGUUCAUCGUUCUCCAUCACCACUAUCCACUACAGCCCCGUGAAAUGUCCGAACCCAAUGCCGGGACCAAGUCCGUCAGCCAUCACCCCUGGACUGAGCCCUUCCACUCAGGUGCCAGAAUCCAUUCCCCCUGAAGACAUGCCACUGCCGGGGCCGGGCGACAUGAAUCCCACCUUCCCUACUGAAGCCUUCACUCCAUCCCCUCCCUCUGAUAAGCCCAGUCCGAGGCCUCACCUUCACCAACGCUCAGAGUCCUUCCCAUCACACCCAACGCAGAGCGCGGCUCCACCAGCUCCACCCGUCCGCACCAUGGAGAGUCGCCUGGCUACUGCUCUGCACUCCAACUACAAUGAGGCAAUCACAGCCAGCAAUUACCACUCCUUCCUCAACACAAUGAUGCUGCCGUCUUCAUUGGAGGACGCACUGCCCAGACACAACUAUUCAGCUCAUGUGAAGUCUGAGAAUAUGACGGAGCAAGGAGCCAACUACAGACAUCCAUAUCCAGCCCAGGCCAAAGCAGAAGACAAAGUGGAAAUGGGAGAUGCCUACCGACAAUAUCUAUCCAGUAAGUCUGAGAGCACGGAGCUCGGUUACCGCCAUCUCCAUCCUUCUCCGACGGAUCCAGAGACUCUUACCGAUACCUACGACACAUUAAUGCAUCAUAAGGCGUCUGCAAUUCCCAAGUCCUACAGAGCUGAGACUCUGCACAUGCCGCCAUAUUCUACUCGCUGCGAAGCUCCCUCCUCCAAUUCCACACUUUAUGGCACUUAUAUCACCCAAGCCAAACACUCGGGAAUGCAGCACUCCCGCGCAAGAAGUCGUCCAGACUACAUGGGAUCUGCGAGUCCAGGUCUACGAAGUUACUCCGAGGACUCUACCUCUUAUCCUACCAUAAGGCGGGUUCAGUCUAUGCAUGUGCCUAUGCAACCUCCACCUCCUCCUGUACGUGCAGUCCCCAUUUCCAGAACCGAGGUCCCCCCAGAGGAAGAGCCUGCCUACUGCCCACGCCCAGUGUACCAGUACAAAGCAUGCCCACCCUUCAGCUCCUCUUCGGAUUAUCACGUCACUCAGCUGCAGCCUUACUUUGAGAACGGGAGGGUACAUUAUCGAUAUAGUCCCUAUUCAGGGAACACAACAUAUUACUCUUCUGAUGGAACCUUCUAUGACAUGGACCCCUAUAGCACCUUGCGUUUGCGACAGUUGCACCUCUACCCAAGCCGUGAUUUUGCUUCUUACACUACGAGACACCAGCCCAAGACUGCAUAUCGAUCGCAAGGCCUUGCUCCAUACCCCAGAGGAACCCUACGUGAGCACAAUUUCAUCAGUCGAGAUGUGCCUCCAGAGCACCCUCGGCCCCUUCAUAUCUCCUGGGAUAUGGAGGAUAUGGACCGUUACAGGCUGCAGUCUCUAAGAAGAGAGAACAAGUCGCGUCAGAGAUCCAAGGGGCCUGUCAUGUCUCAGUAUGAUAACGUUACUCCAUCUCUAGUGGAGGACAUAGCGGGUUUAGAUGUGAUUCAUCUCAGAAGCCGCUCUGACCCGGGAAAGACCCCCGGCCUUCUAAGCGUUGCUGAGUCAAAGGAUAGCCGAUAUCCUGGAAGAACGGAAGGUGACGAGAGACUGGCAGCCCCUCCCCCUCCAUAUGGAAAUGGGCAUCAAGAUCGGCCAUCCCUUCCACAGAAGCAGACUGGGACAAGUAGGAGUAGAAUACAACAGGAGGUCAAUCCUGAGCACCGGACUCCACCGCAGCAGGGUACUGGACACCGGCAAACCUCCGAUGGAAGAAAUGGUCCACCAUUCCCACCGGCAGAGUACAACUCCAAGUCCAUGCCAAUGCCUUCUGAUCACGCAUCUUAUCAUUCCUCCAACAGUAAGUGCAAUGUGAACCCCCAGGAACCCGUCCGGCUAAAUCACAAGGAAAUGAGGCUGCCGGAAGAUAAAGACCGGUCCCUUGCCAGGCCGGCCGACAAUUCUCACCGAGACUGUUACAGAGAAGACACGGCUCAGUUCUCCUCUAAUACAGCUCCACCUAAGCCGGAGAGGAGCCACAGCCUGAGAGGCCAUAACCCCGAGUCUUUGGAAAGAGAACCCGCCAUCUUUUAUCCAUAUCAAACUCUCCACAGCAAGCUCCACAGCUCCAUAACCGCACUAUCCCAGUACGACAAUGUGGCGGAUUACCAUUCCAUACCCCACCAUCGAUCAACCAGCCAAGCGGCUCCGAACGCCUUCCCCAAUUCCAAUGCUCGGAACUAUGCCACGGCACUCGGCCAAGGAGGCUUUCUAGCUGCCGAGUUAGCAAUGCAAAGGCCGGAGGCCAAAGUCCACGCAGAGUGAGGUUCUGCCAGGAAGGGAGGGUAGAAGGUGGAGAGGACUUCAUUCUUAUUAGGCAGACCUCUGCUGGACAGCGGACUGUUUUAUUUUUUCAAAAGACGAGACAAAAAAAGAUUAAAAAAAGA